UUCUUUUUUCAAACUUCGUUUUUGCGGAGGAUGUAACCUCGGAUCAUCCUCAGCAGCGUCACGGGCAGCGCCUUCCUCGGAUGUAAACACUCCAACUGAUAUGGCCGACCCGAACCUCCUGGACAUAGUUGGUAUUUCCGAAAUUGGGGUAUGUGCUCAUGAUCCGGAGUAUGUCCGUCUACGAAGACUUGAAGAGUAUCUUCUCUUAAGAAAGAAGCAGAUCCUGCUUACUCUCCCGAGCCCAAGGCGCUGGUGGGUAAGGCCCAUCUGGCAAAACCGCAGGAGAGAGUCGGAGUUCCACACAUCGAUGCCUUUGCUUAUAAGUGGGGACACGGAGUACUUCCAGAAGUACUAUAAGAUGAGACCUGAAAAAUUUGAAGAGCUCCAUUCCCUGGUCGAAACACCACUCACAAGAGCUUACCUCACGCGGGAGCCGCUAUUAUCGCGGGCUAGACUUGCCAUGACACUCAGGUACUUAUCGUCUGGAAUGCAGAUACAGGACAUUGCUCUGGCCUUUAGAGUCGGAAUCUCGACAGCGGCGGGUGUCAUUCACUCCACCUGCAAGAUUCUCUGGACAGCUCUCCAACCCCUUUGUCUAAAGGUGCCAACUACUGAGAGAUGGCAGGAAGUUGCUGAGGGCUUCCAGAACAAGUGGAAUUUCCCCCACUGUGUUGGUGCUGUGGAUGGCAAACACAUCGAGAUUCAGGCACCACCGAAUUCUGGUAGCUUAUACUACAACUAUAAGGGUACGUACUCUAUCGUACUGAUGGCUGUUGUGGACAGUGACUUGAAGUUCGUUGCUGUAGACGUCGGUGCCUACGGACGACAGAGUGAUGGAGGUACCCUAAGUGCCUCUCGGUUCGGUAAAUGUCUCGAAAAUGGCCUCCUCGGCCUGCCACCACCAAAGCGGCUUCCAAACUCGACAGUAAUCGCACCAUAUGUGUUCUUGGGGGACGAAGCGUUCCACCUACGCCCAGACUUUUUGAGACCAUACCCGGGAAAGCACCAGGACGAUGACAAACGAAUAUUCAACUAUCGGCUCAGCCGUGCAAGGAGGUGCGCCGAAAACGCUUUUGGCGUGUUGGCAUCAAGGUUUCGGAUAUUCCGAAGAACCAUCAACCUGCUACCAGAACACGCAGACUACGUCGUCAUGGCAACUUGCGCACUACACAACUACUUGCGGGAGGACUGCGUCUACAUUCCUCCUAGCUACGUUGACAAAGAGGAUGCCUAUGGCAACAUCACGAACGGCAACUGGCGAUCGACAUUCAAAGACGACGAAACAGUUAUGACGGACCUGGAGCCUCCGGUGGGGCACAAUUACAGCGGUUCCGCACGUGAAGCGAGAAACCUCUUCUGCUCCUACUUUAUGAGCAGGCAAGGGGCCGUACCUUGGCAGCGGACCUCUGCUGGGCUACGUCCUUGAACGGAAGCGCACCUUGUGCUGCGAGCACUUGCAAACUUUUGCAUACAUUGCAUGGUAGACACCAUCCAGACGAAUAAACAAGCAAAAGGUGUGA